UGGUGCUGCUGCAGCCGGAAGCAGAGAUCAGAAGCUGAAGCAGUUUGCUGCAGGUUGACUCUCUCCGUCCUCUGGUUUCAUCUGUUUCUACUGGUUUCUAAUGGUUUCUACUGGUUUCUACAGCUAACCCGGGACCAGUAUUUACUAAGGACACCUGCAGCGGUGGAUCGUCUCUGAACCUGAUCAGCUUCAUCAGCACACUAGAGGACAGGCGUCCCUGCAGCAGCCUCAUGGUGGCGUCCCUUGGAGCGAGGACGUCCUCCCAUGGGACAGAGUAAGGGGGACGGAGUGAGUCCUGGUCCUGGUGGUGAGACAUGUCGGGGGUCAGGGAGCGGCUGGGCUCCAGGACCCAGAGACCCUGGUCAGUGUACCGGGCCAGCACCCUGGAGCUGUCCAGUGAGAUGAUCGGCCUCGCCCUGGCAGGAAACAGUCAGGACCCAGAUGAGCCGGUGCUGGAGUUCAGCGUGGCGUGCUGCGACCUGCAGCCUCCAGCUCUGGACAGGAAACCAAACAGUUUUGUGGCGGUGAGCUGCACCACGCCGCCUCAGGCCUUCUGGACCAAACACGCCCAGACAGAAGUCAUCGAGGGCAGCAGUAACCCAGUGUUCCUGAGCAGCGUGGCGUUCUUCCAGGACUCCAACAUCAGCCAGCAGACGCAGCUGAAGCUCGCCGUCUACGACGUCAAGGACCGCUCACAGGGAACGAUGUACAUGCUGGGCUCGGCUCUGUUCCCGGUGAAGGAGCUGCUGCAGGAGAAGAGCCACAGACUGCAGCUGGAGCUCAGGUCGGCGGAGAACGAGCGCGUGGGGAAGAUCACGGUGGCGGCCUGGCAGCUGGAGGAGAGAGCCGACCAGAGGACGGCCGGACGGCUGCCGGACACCAUCAACGGACGGACCAUGCUUCCUGUGGAUGAGAGCCUCACAGAGUCGAUGGGAGUCAGAAUAAAAUACGCCUCGCUAUGCAAAGACACACUGCUGCGCUCAGUGUUUGGGGGGACCAUGUCCCGGAUGUACCGGUUCCCCUCCACCGACGGGAACCACCUCCGGGUCCUGGAGCAGAUGGCUGAGAGCGUCCUGUCCCUCAACGUACCCAGACAGUUUGUUAAGCUGCUGCUGGAGGAGGACGCAGCCAGGGUGUGUGAGCUGGAGGAGCUGGGAGAGUUGUCUCCCUGCUGGGAGAACCUGAGGAGACAGAUUGUGUCCCAGUAUCAGACCAUCAUCCUGACCUACCAGGAGACGCUCAGCGACCUCACCCACUACAGAGGUCCGUCGUUCAAAGCCAGCAACCUGAAGGCUGAGAGGAAGCUGGAGUUCAUGCCCACCAACCUGCACGUCCAGAGGAUGAGGGUCCAGGACCAGCUGGGCUUCGAUCACACAUACGACGUGGUGACGAUCGGCGCCCCGGCGGCUCACUGUCAGGGCUUUAAGAACAGCGGCCUGAGGAAACUCCUGCAGAAGUUUGAGGAGACAAAGAAACACGUUUAUGAGGAGGAAUGCAGUGCUCUGUCCUCGUCCCAGUCCAUCGUCUACAUCCCUCAGGACAUCGUCCGGGCUAAAGAGAUAAUCUCCCACAUCAACACGUUGAAGACUCAGGUCAGCUACUACGCUGAGCGUCUGUCCCGCGCCGCCAAGGACCGCUCGGCCAGCGGCCUGGAGAGGACGCUCGCCAUCCUGGCUGACAAGACCCGUCAGCUGGUGACGGUGUGUGACUGUAAGCUGCUGGCGUCGUCCAUCCAGGCCCUGAACGCAGCACGGCCCGACUACAUCGCCUCCAAGGCGUCUCCGUCGGCCGACCAGGAGCAGGUGGUGCUGAGGAACGACCAGGACACGCUGCUCGCCACCUGGAGCGGCAGCACCUCCACCAGCCGCUCCUCGCUGCACGCCGACUGGACCGAGGAGGAGUGGGAGAAGGUGUGGGUGAACGUGGAUAAAUCUCUGGAGUGCAUCAUCCAGCGGGUCGACAAGCUGCUGCAGAAGGAACGCCGUCCCAGCGUCAGCAGCCACGACGGCGCCACCGCCACCGACCUGCAGGGCGGCGCCACCAAGAAAGGCUGUGACGGUGAAGGGAAGAGACGAGCGUUCUGGAUCAACCCAGACAGUAAAUCACAGGAAUCUCUACCAUCUUCAUCACCAUCAUCAUCUUCAUCACCAGCUCCUCCCUCCUCCUCCUCUCUGCCCGCCCUCUCCUCCUCCUCCACCACAGACUCCUAUGGGAGUCCUGCUGCUGAGGAGGCGUACCCAGGUGAGUGGAGUGAGGCCCUGUACCCCCUCCUCACCACUCUGACGGAGUGUGUCCAGAUGAUGAGUGAUAAAGCCAAGAAGUCCAUGGUGUUCCUGCUGAUGCAGGACAGCGCCCCCACCAUCGCCAUGGACCUCACACUGCAGUAUAGACGAGACGUGGUGUUCUGUCAGACGCUGACAGCUCUGAUCUGUGGCUUCAUCAUCAAACUGAGGAACUGUCUGAGAGAUAACGGCUUCCUGAGACAACUCUACACCAUCGGACUGUUGAUCCAGUCAGAGAGCCUGCUGAGCACCUACGGAGAGGAGCUGGCCAUGUUGGAGGAUAUGAGCGUGGGCAUCAUGGACCUGAGGAACGUCACCUUUAAGGUGACCCAGGCGGCGGGCAGCGCGGCGCCCGACAUGCUGCCGAUCAUCACGGGGAACAGAGACGGGUUUAAUGUUCGCAUCCCGCUGCCCGGCGCCAUGUUCGACGCUCUGCCCCGAGAGAUCCAGAGCGGCAUGCUGCUCCGGGUCCAGCCAGUACACUUCAACGUCGGCAUCAACGAGCAGCAGACCCUCGCUGAGAAGUUUGGGGACACGUCCCUGCAGGAGAUCAUCAACCUGGAGAGUUUGUCCAGACUCAACUCCUACUACGAACAGUUCAAAGAGGUUCUUCCUGAAGACUGUCUUCCCCGGUCCCGGUCCCAGACGUGUCUCCCGGAGCUGCUGAGGUUUCUGGGACAGAACGUCCAGGCCAGGAAGAACAAGAACGUGGACAUCCUGUGGCAGGCAGCAGAGAUCUGCCGGCGUCUGAACGGCGUGCGGUUCACCAGCUGUAAGAGCGCCAAGGACCGGACGGCGAUGUCGGUGACCCUGGAGCAGUGUCUGAUCCUGCAGCAUGAACACGGCAUGGCCCCGCAGGUCUUCACCCAGGCCCUGGACUGUAUGCGCAGGAUUGGUACGAGGGAGGUGGUGACCCAGAAGAACCUGGUGGGGGUUCUGCCGGUGCGAGAGCUGCGUCUGGAUCCAGGUCUGCUCUACUCGCUGCCUCUUCUGGCUCUCAGUCCGAACCUGCUGCUGGUCUGGAUCUUCCUCAGCGUCGCCUACUUCCUCUCCAAGCUACGCUGCAGCUGAGCCAGCAGGAGGACCAGGAGCAGGAGGAGCAGGAGGAGGAGCACCAGGAGGAGCAGCUACUCUGAACAGAACUCUGAUCUUCUUUCCUUUCUGGAAACUUCCAUCUGCUUUUAUUUUAUUUUGCUCUUCCACCUUUAAAGAUCUGCAGAGGGUCAAAACACGCUGGGAUUAUUAUUAUUAUUAUUAUUAUUAUUAUUAUUAUUAUUAUUAUUUUCACAUGCAGACUGAGCUGCUGUCACACUGAGUCCAUCAUUCUGAACUCACACAUCCUCAAAAAACCCCAGAAACAACUUUUAAAACUCUCUUAAAAAAAAUAAAAUUCUCUAAAAAAGAUGCUUUGAUCCAGAUAGAAGGAGAUACUUACUCACUCAUUAAUUAUUUAACAUUAUUAUAAAUCCAUGUAUUAAAUUAUCAGCCAAUUCUUUAACAUAUAACUGAGAUAUAAAGAAUAAAAAGUCUUCAUAAAAGUAUUUUCCUCCCAAAUGAAACAGUUUCCAAAGAUUACUGACAUUAAUUAAAGCUUCUCAAACAUUAAAUAUAUUCAAUUAAUAUUAAUUAAUUAAUAUUAAAUUAAACUCUAAUUGAAGCUGCUUUCUGUUCCUGUAGAAUCAGUGUGAAGGCUCAGUGUUACACUCAGUGUGUGUGUGGUAACAGCGCCCCCCAGUGGACACAAUCUGAACUACAUUUAAAACAAAAAAAGUGUUGUGGACGACUGAAGCUGCAGGAAAAAACAUUAAAAACAAUUAAAUAAAUAAAUCUCUUGAUAAAUAAAUACAUUAAACGUACCAAAAAUAAUAUUAAAAAUAAAUGUAAUUAACU